AGUACUUUCAUUGCGACAGCACGUGCAACAUCUGUCGAUUGUUGUGAUUUAAUCGUGAUCUUAUUUAUCUUUUUACAUAGAUUUAAUCAAAGAUUUAUUCUUUAUUCUGGCGUCGACGUAUAGAAAUGUUUCCUCAAAGCUCGCAAAAUAAAUUUUGGAUGUUUAGAGACGAGAAUGAAUUAACGACAUUAAGGGAGAAAACUAAUGCUGAUUUCAUUGAAAAACAUGGUGCCAAUAUGUCUCCAGAAGAAAGAGAGGCACAUUUUCUCUCGGACAAUGAGGAACGUACACUUCUUAGAUUUUAUGAAUUACAAUUACGUGAUUUCUGUCGUCGUUUUACACCUCCAAUGCCUAGAGCUACUGUUGCUACUGCUCUACAUUAUUUCAAAAGAUUUUAUUUAAGGAACAGUGUAAUGGAUUAUCAUCCAAAGGAGAUAUUAGUCACAUGCGUAUAUUUAGCUUGCAAAGUUGAAGAAUUUAAUGUUUCAAUAUCACAAUUUGUUGCAAAUAUUAAAGGUGAUAGAGAAAAGGCAUCAGAUAUUAUUCUUAAUAAUGAAUUAUUACUUAUGCAACAAUUGAAUUAUAAUUUAACGAUACACAAUCCAUUUAGACCUGUUGAAGGAUUAAUGAUCGAUAUUAAGACGCGUUAUACUUCAUUAGAAAAUCCAGAAAAAUUGAGGCCACAUAUAGAUGAAUUUUUAGAAAGAGUUUUUUUAACUGAUAGUGUUUUACUUUAUGCUCCAAGCCAAGUUGCUUUGGCUGCAACUUUACACGCAGCAUCCAGAGCUUCUGCUAAUUUAGAUAAUUAUGUAACGGAUAUAUUAUUUCCAAGUGAACAAUUAGGUGGUAUAAUAGAGGCAGUUAGAAAAAUAAGAUCAAUGGCUAAAUGCGUAGAACCACCGUCACGUGAUAUUGUUAGAGCUAUAGAAAAAAAAUUAGACAAGUGUAGAAAUCAAGAGAAUAAUCCUGACAGUGAGAUAUAUAAACAAAGAAUGCAAGAAAUGUUGGACGAGGAGGAUCUACAAGAUAAUGAAAAAUAUGCUAAGAUCAUACAAGAUCAAGCGGCUCACGAUGAAAAGACAUUAGGUGUUAAUAAAAUGUUAUCAUCGCCAUCCGCAGUUUGAGAAAAAUUUUCUUUUAGAUAUUUUAUCAAGUUUUCUCAUUCAUACAAUAAUUUAUUAUCUCAAUGCAAUUCCGUACAUAUAUGAAAGAAUA